AUGGCUGGACCCAUCUCAGAAGGAUUUAUAUAGGGAAGUCAUGUUGGAGAACUACAGGAACUUGGGCUCUCAAUUUCUAAGCCCAACAUGAUCUCCUUAUUGGAGCAAGGGAAGGACCCUUGGGUAGUGGACGGAGAGACGUCAGAUGGUCACUGUGCAGAUUGGGAGUCUUGGUAUGAAAUCAAAGAAUUAUCUACAAAAUGGUACAUUGAUGAAGAAGUACCCCAAGGGGUGGUAAUGGAAAGGCUUACAAGAUGUGACGUUGAAUGCUCCAGGGUCAGAGAAGCCAAGGAAUAUGAGGACGGAUGUGAUCAGCUUGAGGGCUAUCAGGAGAAGCAUUUCAAGCAAAUGACAACUCUUAGAGAAAUCUCUGCUGUAAACAGAGACAACGAAUUUAGCAAUUCUAAGAGAAGCAUUUUCUUGAAGUCAAUAAUUUUAACACAACAGACAGCUCCUGAAGUAGAGGAAGUCCAUACAUUUGAUAUUUAUGAUAAAAUGUUCCCCCCUAAUUCAGUCUUCAUUGAACAUAAAAGAUUACAUACUGAGAAGGAAUCUUUGCUACAUAAUGAAUAUGCAAAGUUCAGUCAGAACACAUACCUUAGUAAAGAUACCAGAGGCCCUCCUGGGAAGAAACCUUAUGAAAAUAAUGAUUAUUCGAGUCUUUUAAGUUUCCACUCAUUAUUUAACCAGUGUCAAACUGCUCAUUUUGGAAAAUUAGCCCACAGUUAUGAGGAUUGUGGUGAUGGCUUCAGCUGUUAUGCAUUCUUUACUCAACCUCAGAGGACUCACAGGAGAGAGAAGCCACAUACAUGUAAUAACUGUGGCAAAGCCUUCAGUCAUGGCUUCUUUCUCACUGACCAUCAGAGAAGGCAUAUUGGAGAGAAACCCUACGAAUGCAAGGACUGCAACAAAGCCUUCAGGCAGAGUGCACACCUCGCCCAACACCAGAGAAUCCACACUGGGGAGAAGCCCUUUGUGUGCAGUGACUGUGGGAAGGCCUUCAGCCGUUUUGCCUUCCUUGUUGAACACCAGAGAAUUCACACCGGGGAGAAACCAUAUGAAUGUAAGGAGUGUAACAAGGCCUUCAGACAGAGCGCACACCUCAGUCAGCACCAGAGAAUUCACACUGGAGAGAAACCUUAUGAAUGUAGUCAGUGUGGCAAAGCCUUCAGCAGGCGCAUCGCCCUCACUUUGCAUCAGCGGAUUCACACAGGAGAGAAACCCUUUAAAUGUGACGAAUGUGGGAAGACCUUUGGCUAUCGUUCACACCUUAAUCAACAUCAGAGAAUCCAUACUGGGGAAAAACCCUAUGAGUGUAUCAAAUGUGGGAAGUUCUUUAGGACGGACUCACAACUUAAUCGACAUCAUAGAAUUCACAGUGGAGAGAGACCUUUCGAAUGCAGCAAGUGUGGGAAAGCCUUCAGUGACACUUUACUGCUCAUUCAUCAUAAGAGGAGCCAUGCGGGAGAGAAACCCUAUGGAUGUAACAAAUGUGGCAAAGCCUUCAGUUGUGGCUCCUAUCUCACUCAACAUCAGAGAAUUCACACUGGAGAGAAACCCUAUGAAUGUAAGGAGUGUGGGAAGGCCUUCCAUCAGAUCUUGUCACUGAGGCUACACCAGCGCAUUCACGCUGGAGAAAAACCCUCUAACUGCAGUGAUUGUGGGGAUAGUUUCAGCUGUGUCACAGCCCUCAAGCGACAUCAGAAAGUUCAUAACAGAGACACUCUCUCAUUAUAACAAGUAUAAGAAAGAAUUGGUCACCAUUCUGUCCUUAUUAACUAAAUAUCAAUUCUUUGGUUUGUAAUUUUAGGAAAGUAAUACCUAUGGAGAAGCCUUCAGCUCAUAAGUAUCCUUAUUUAAAAUUGCCUGAAAGACAGACAUUUACUUUUUGAACUGUUAGAUACUCUGUUUGAGACUUAGCUCACCCUCAGUGCAUAUGAUUUGGAUGAAACUAUUAGCAAGCAGUAGGAUGGUCAUGCUCUGGUUAAGUUCCCACAACCCAGUGAUGAUACGGGAUCAGUAGAUGAGCCUUUCUGGUCCUCUAGAGCUCUUUGGUGGGGAUGGGGGUGUGUGUUAUGGGCAAGAAUAGCUAAUUUUGUUUUCUCUGGAAUUAGAAGUAUCAAUGAUUUAGUGUGGCUAAAAAUUCACCAAUAGCCCCCCCUUUUUUAAAAAAAAAUUAUGCAUACAAGAACUGGGGUACAGGCCAGAAGUGAAGGGGGUAAGGGGAUUCGCCAGAGACAGAAUGAGAAGUAGAACAGCUGGAUCUACUGAAACAACACUGCUGAAUUGAGCAGUGUGCAAUACAGGAGAGAUCUGCUGUACCAUGUGGGUCAGCUUCCUGGUGGGGAUUGAACUCAUGCUGCA